CUGGGUCCGUCCAGGGUAAAUGCUUACUGCGUUUGUGCAACCAAUCAAGAGUGCGAUCAAUAACAGUAGCUUUCGGCUUUCCAUACGUUAGCUCUCGAGGCUCCUGUUGCAGUUUAGAAUUUGGUGUUGAAUUGAAGCUAAUAAAAAGGUUUUAAUCAUGACGGUCUUUGCAAAACCAUUAGAUAUGUGCGAAAAGCCAAUUAUUGUCAAUAAUUCUCCGUAUGUCCGGGGAAGCAGCCGAAGCGAAUCCCGCGUGGACCUCCCGGGCGAGGACUACCAGAUGCCGAGCCUGACGCAGUCGGUGAAGGGGGUGAUGUACCUGGUGCUGUCGGUGAUCAUCCUCCUGACCCUGGGGGUGACUUCCAUCAUCGUGAUGCUGAGGCAGUACAAGUCUGGGUACAACAACUACCAGGCGUUCUGCCAUAUCCCUGUGCCAAGGGAUUUCACUGAGAGGAUGUCCGAGGGCAAGUUCCGUUCUCUGCCCAUCGUCUGGUCUUCCAAGCCGGUGCUGCAAGUUGUCAGCACCAUGGAUGAGCCAGAUAGUGAUGAGUUCAUGGACAUGCUUGAUGAGGAACUGGAUAUCGGGACCUCGGUGGAGAAGAUCUCUGUAGUGGACCAUGGCCGGCGCUUCCAGUUCGUGCAUGACUUCGCUGAUAACAUUACUGGUAUCGUCGAUGAUGACCGCUGCUUCAUCUUUGACAUGGAGCCGGACUUCGUUCUUCCCCCCGAGCUCCUCAUCACCGGUCUGACCGGCGGCGAACAGUUCGACAUCUCCAAAGUUCGUACUCGUCUCCGUGCUGCUUUACCUGCUGUGGUCGAUAUAUCCAAUACUACCGAGUCUUUGGCUGAAGCUUGCUUCUCUAGACCUACUUACCGCGUGUACAGGGCUGAUAAUGAAGAUGGUUAUGCUAUCGAGAAGCGUUCCACCGACCAGCAGCCGCACGACUACAUCCAAUUCUCCGGCAAGCACGUCCAGGAGAUCAAGAUAGACAACAUCGCUGAGAUACUGCAGUACGAGCAAUCUAUCAAGAAGAUCUAAAUCGUCUUAUUUGUGGAUCUUGGGUUUUGGAGAGUUGGUCGGCUUUUCGUUGCCAGAAUGUUCUAGGUUUUUCCAGAAGUUUCGGCGAUAUUUUUCGGGGAGUUUCAGUAAUUCAAGACAGAUUUCUUGUGGAGCUUCCUUUUUGUUGGGUAAGAAUUAAGGUUUCGGGUUGCCAGAAUUGGUAUAUCUUGGAUUUAGUUCGAAAUUAAUUGUAUCGAGUGUCUUGAAGGAAAGGUGCGGAGGGAAGUCCCAUGUCCACAUGUUUUAGCAUAGUCAAAUUUUAAAUGUUAGAUUAGUUAUCACUAUUUCAGUGUUAACGUGGACCCAUUGAAUCCUAGAUCUUGUCAGAAGGAGCUUUAUGUGAAUACGGCCUAUAGGGAAAAAUCCAUUUGGUGGUAUAUAAGGCAUAUAAACG